UGGCGGUAGCAGCUGUUUGGGUUUCGCUGUAAACACAAACCACCUCGGAUAGUCAUUGCAACGAAACGGUCGAGGGGUUGGAGCUAUGCGCAAAGCCUGAGAGUGAACUUGGGAGUUUUUUUGGGGUAGGGUGGGAGGAAUGUCAAAUCAAAUAUGGGGGGGCUGUAAUGCUAACAUCUUGCAACAGAGCUUAACCGCCUCCAGGCGACACCGCCAGGCUCCAGCUGACCCCCUAAGGAGGCAAAGCGCGAUAGAAAACGGAUGGAUGGAAAUGGGAUUUUUCCGAGGCACCAGAUCAGGAGAGGGGGAGGGACCGAGUGACUGAGUGAUCGUCGGACACUUUGAAUGACGGCGCACCUGCUGCUUCUGAGGGACUUUGAUUUUAUCCGUUUUUAAAUUCCACUUUGUAAAAUUGCUUUCGUCAUGCCGUCCAACGGUCCCGCAGUCACCGAACUGUCUCGGCUGCCAGAAAACAAAAGCUCCAAUGACAUGAGUGAAGAUGGCGCAGACCAGGACAGUCCAGAGGAGGCCACUCUGGGGAGCCCCCCAAACAAGCGCCGAGUGGGCCGUCCUAGCAGGAAACGCAAACAGUUUCUUCCUGAGAUGGCAACGUCCGACCCCUCAGCCCCCUCAACUCCGCCGGGGGAGCUGGAGCGCUCCCCCCCUUCCCCUCGCAAGAAACGUGGGCGUCGGAAACUAGAGCAUAACGACGGGAAUAAGGGUAUUGCUUUGAGCGCAAAGUCAUCUGGCGAUACAGUGGAACCUCCAAAGCCUAACAUAGAUGAAGCCGACGACAGAAGCUGCGACUCCCCUCGAGAGGGUGAGACAGGGAGGUUGCGUAGGAAGCCGGUCCCCAGAGUGACUUUCCAGGCUGGAGACCCGUACUACAUCAGCAGGAGACAGAAAGAAGAAUGGCUCAGCCGCUGGAAGAUGGAGGCGGAGAGACAGGCUUACAGGAAAGCUGAGAUAUGCAUGAUGGACGACCUCACAUCAGAAGGCGACUUUCAAAAAGAGGAGGAGCCAGCCAGUCCGGACCCUCUGCCAUCCCAGCAGCAAACAGAUCCCGCCUCGCCGACCGUUGCCGUAACACCGGAACCAGUCGCCAGAGGAGACCAGGCGACGCCCAGAGAGAUUGAGUACCAGGAUGGCAGGGGCUUUGGCAUCGGCACGCUGGUGUUCGGGAAACUACGAGGUUUCUCCUGGUGGCCCGGCAGGAUCGUUUCCUGGUGGAUGAGCGGCCGUAGUCGAGCCGCCGAUGGGACUCGCUGGGUCAUGUGGUUUGGAGACGGCAAAUUCUCGGUGGUUUGCGUGGAGAAACUCAUGCCGCUCAGCUCUUUCUCGUCUGCCUUUCACCAACCCACCUACAACAAGCAGCCCAUGUACCGGAAAGCCAUCUUUGAGGCUCUGCAGGUGGCAAGUACGCGAGCGGGACGACCCACUCCUUCCUGCGACCCGAGUGAUGACGCAGAAGGUGUGGAGCCUCAGACCAGACAGAUGAUAGAAUGGGCUAUGACUGGCUUCUUGCCCAACGGCCCACAAUCACUGGACCCUCCCGAGGAGGAGCAGAACCCGUAUAAAGACGUCUACUCUGAGAUGUGGGCAGAACCGGAGGCGGCAUAUACUCCUCCCCCUGCCAAGAAACCUCGCAAGAACGCGGCGGAAAAAGCCAAGAUCAGAGAGGUGAUCGACGAAGGAACUAGAGAGAGACUUAUACAGGAGAUUAAAAAGAAAACGCGAAACAUCGAAGAUAUCUGCAUCUCCUGUGGAAGCCUCAGCGUCUCUCUGGAGCAUCCUCUCUUCAUGGGAGCAAUGUGUGUGGGUUGCAAAAAUUCCUUUUUAGAGUGCGCCUACCAGUACGACGAUGACGGCUACCAGUCCUAUUGCACCAUCUGCUGCGGAGGCAGGGAGGUCCUCAUGUGCGGCAACAACAACUGCUGUAGGUGCUUCUGCGUGGAGUGUGUGGAUCUGCUGGUGGGAAUCGGCUCGGCGGCGGCGGCCAUCAAAGAAGAUCCGUGGAACUGUUACAUGUGUGGGCCCCGAAACACCUACGGCUUACUGCGACGACGGGACGACUGGCCUUGCCGACUGCAGCAUUUUUUCGCCAACAAUCACGAACAGGACUUUGAGCCAGCCAAGUUGUAUGCUCCAGUCGCAGCGGAAAAGAGGCAGCCAAUCAGAGUCUUAUCACUGUUUGAUGGCAUUGCCACAGGACUUUUGGUGCUAAAGGAUCUGGGCAUCCAGGUCGAUAAGUACGUGGCGUCCGAGGUUUGUGAAGACUCCAUCACCGUCGGCAUGGUCAGACACCAGGGACGCAUCAUGUACGUGGGCGACGUCCGCAACGUAACCCAUAAACACAUCGAAGAGUGGGGACCGUUUGACCUGGUGAUAGGAGGAAGUCCCUGCAACGACCUCUCCAUAGUAAACCCUGCACGCAAGGGCCUUUACGAGGGAACCGGGCGAUUGUUUUUCGAGUUUUACCGUCUGUUGCACGAGGCUCGACCAAAAGAGGGUGACGAGCGGCCUUUCUUUUGGCUCUUCGAGAACGUCGUCGCCAUGGGCGUCAGUGACAAACGGGACAUAUCUCGCUUUUUAGAGUGCAACCCUGUGAUGAUCGAUGCCAAGGAAGUUUCUGCUGCCCACCGUGCUCGAUAUUUCUGGGGAAACCUGCCCGGCAUGUCAAGCUUCUCGAACGUAUCGUCAACAAACAGACCCCUGAGCCCCAUGACGAAUGACAAGCUGGACCUGCAAGAGUGUCUCGAGCAUGGUCGCACUGCCAAGUUUGAGAAGUUGCGUACGAUAACGACUCGCUCCAACUCUGUGAAGCAGGGGAAAGAUGAGCAUUUCCCCGUCUUCAUGGACAACAAGGAGGACAUCCUCUGGUGCACUGAGAUGGAAAGGGUGUUUGGUUUCCCUGUCCACUACACCGACGUGUCCAACAUGAGCCGGCUGGCAAGGCAAAGGCUGCUGGGACGUUCGUGGAGCGUUCCCGUCAUCAGGCACCUCUUUGCCCCUCUAAAGGAGUACUUCGCCUGCAACUAGUCACACAACCUCUCUCUCUCUCUCUCUCUCUCUCUCUCUCACCUCUCGCUCUCUGACCCUCGCAUACACUCACACACACACACGCAUACACACACAUUGUGACGACAGAUACAGUAACUGUACAUAGUACACAGCUCGUACAUGAAGGUUGGCUGACGCAGAUGAAACUGAUGACCAGAAUACGAAUACACCACACACACACACACACACACACACACACUGCUAAGGACUUCAUCCCUCGAUCCCGUAUAACCUACUGGCUAAUCUUGGUCCCCAGGUGCUGCCUUGUGGACACACACGCACACACACACACACAUACACGCAUACACUUGCUAGUGCAGACUCCGUACUGUAUAAUUACAGUACAGAUAUAGAGUGUAUAUCACACCCAAACUUCCUUCCACUUGACCUAAAACUGAUGUCUUCUGCUGUUUUGCAUUAGUUACAGUCUCGCCGAGGCACCGACACACCGCAUCUCUCUCAAUAUAUCACCAAAACGUAUGAUUACAAAUGUCAGACAUUCCGCGCAUAUAAGUGGAGGUGCUGAAGUUGCAUUAUCGAUGCAAUGAACACAUAUCCAAACACACAUCCACCACACACACACCAGCUAAAACCUGCGGUGCUGGCCUGGCCGGCAUGUAGUCGAGGCCAAAUGGUGCCACUUUGGUGUGACAUUUUUAUUACUGUUCUUGGUGCUCUCAGAGACUUUUUGGGGUCUCGGUUUGUUUUCAGUUGCUGCGGUUUGGUCUCCCGAGCAGAUUUAAGCCAAAUACUUGUAAGCAGGCACAGAGGUUAAACCAGCUACAGAGGCUGAGAAAAAAAAAAAGAAAAAAAGCGACACUCCAUGGUCACUUUCCCAAAAAUAACUCCUCUUUCAUCCCUCUGUUGAAUACAUCUUAGUGUGGAUGAGUUAAUCGCUGGAGCAGUGAGCCAAAGUAACAAAUAUAUUUUCAUUUGUACUUUGCUAUCAAACGCUAUCUGUCUUUUCGAGUCGGUCAGAAGGGUUGUUUAGCAAAUCCCACAGUGGGAUGUGGGUACAUUUUACUCUUCACUCUCUGGGAAUGUGCCUUUUCAAAAGUAUUUAGUGCCCUCAAGUGGCUUGGGGGGGCAGGAAAAAAAAAAAAGAAACGAAAAAUAAAACCGCGCGGCUCGUGUCGGUGCUUCAUUAGAAUUUUGUGGGAUUUCAUACAAAAUGUGCUGCGCUGUAUUUGUUACUUGAAACGUCUUGUCUUUUUAAAAAUUAACGUUAUGAAAAGAACAGAUGCUCUUUUAUGUACACAAUAUUUAUAUCCAGCAAUACCCCCCCCCCCCCCCCCCCUGUAACAUUGUGGAAAAGACAGCAUUUGCUCCGCAAAACAGCAUUUUCAGCACAGUGUAUUUGCCGUGUUUAUGUAGCGUGUGCCAUUUUUUUUUUUGGCUGUGUGCGAGUCAACUACUGAGCAACCCGAUUAUAUUCUCCCACAUGCUGGAACUUACUAUACUUGGCACUCAGCUUUGAAUACAGUAGAGUAGAGAGAGUACUGUAAUAGUUACUGCCAGUUAGCAUAUAAUAUAAACUUUGCGCUUGUUCUAUUUUUUUUUUCUUCAAUCAAAACUUUAAUUACCGAUUAAAGUGUAUUUGCCGUGUUUAUGCAGCGUGUGCCAUACAUGCUGUCUUAUCUAACAGACGAUUGUAUGAUCCAAUUAGCCCGACGUGAUACAUCCCAAAUUGUGCUUUCUCAAGUGUUUGCUGCUAUGCUACAAAAAAACAAAACAACAAAUAUUCAUCAUUAACACUGUUGUAAAAAUAAUGUGACAGGAAUAGGAAUUAUUCCAAACGCCUGGCUGCUACGUACUGUUGACGCCGCGCGUGUUCCACAAAGCAGCUAAGGAGGUUGUAACUCUGAAAGGGUGACAGAAUCGUCUGUCAAUACGUAGGGCACGUGAAGAGUCAGCAGCAUCCGGGUUUUAUUUGCUGUAGCUUUUGAGUUCAACAGCGUGUGACUUAAAACCUUUGUAGCGUCACUUGGUGAGAUUAAUAACAUUUUAUCUUGUAUUAUGUCGUUCAAUAUACAGAAACUUAAGAAAUGGCACCAUUUUGUAUUUAAUUCCCUUUUUUCCACAAGUUACUGGUACUGUGUGAUGAAGUGCUGAGCAUAAGCUGCAAACCUCAGGAGGUUUUCUGGCCUUUUAAAAAUUUUGGUCUGGUCAAAAAUGGCUCCACUCGGCGAGGUUUAACUCAUCCAGCAAGAUUAUUCAAGCCUGUUGAGGAGGAAAAGACAAAUGAAACUAGCUGUAGCGUGGCGUUGAUAAGGAGAUCAAGUCAUGGAGCUUUGUGGUGGAAAACAGCCUUUCUUAUGCCUCGGCCUCUUGUGCUCUGCUGCUGCGAUGUUGGGUGACAAACUAAAAGAAGGCUCGGUUGUAAAGAAGCAACCGGCGCUGGCAGCUCUACUGUCUUUAGUUCACAGGGAUGCAAAAUGUUCUCUAGUUGGCUUUUGCAUUUCCUGCCAGUGGAACGGAUUGCCGUGUGUUCAAACCAGAAAACUCACUUUGAAAAACACCGCACCGUUGGUGCACGGUGCCCCUCUUUGAAAUUGAAUAGAAAACAACAGGGACUUGAUUUGUUAGCUUGAGAAAUCUCCUUCAGUCUGGUGCUUUUGGUCCCACGUUGACCACCUUUUUCUAAGACAAAGCCUUCCAAUCCUCUGACCUUCCUCAGACAGCUGGACGCAUCCCGUCGACACACGUGUGCACAAACAAUCAGAAACUGUAAACCAGCAGUUUUGCCUGUUUUUUUUUUUUUUUCCCUCCCCCUCGCCAUCAUGUUUACUCUCCGUCUAUACAACCAAACUUCAGGUGCUUUUUCAACUCUGCUCUUUAUACAGUGCUCUAAAGUGCAGGUUGUACACACACACCCACACACACUCACUUCACACACACACACAGUUGCUGGAAACACCCUCAAUGCGGUGCUAGUUUACUCCAACUACAUCAAUUGUUAAUGCACAGAACAUGCAUAGUCACUGUGUUUCUGCAGGACACCCGUCACCACCAGGCCUUUCAUGGCAUUGCUGUUUGUGACGUCAUAACCCUGCGCCGCCUUGGUGCUCCUGAACCCCCCACCCCCCACCACCUUUCCACUCCGAUACUGCAUGUCAGUCUGUCCGUGUAAUCUCAUGUUAGAUUAGGGAAUUAUGAUGCCGAUAAUAAUAAUGGUAGUGUUAAUUACAACAAUAAUCCGUUAUUGUGUGUGUGUGUGUGCGUGUGUGUGUGUGUGUGUGAGUGUGUGUGUGUACUGUUCCAGGUUGGUGCUCAGUUCCGUUCAAUCUCAGCCUAGAGGGGAAGGAAGCUAUAGAGAACCUCUAAUUACAGUUAGUUGUAGUGACCUUGUCUUGUUGUAAGGAGAACUCGUGUGGAAAUGAGACUCACUCUCAAAUAAGAAAUGUGUUCAAGUGGCACCAGCUGCGGCCUUGCAUCGACUGGGGUGAAUUCACAAUCCAGCGGAACCUUGAAAUUGAAACUGUAGUCAAAAAGGUUUGCCAAAAAACACCAGGCGGUGACCAAUGGAACCCAAAUUGUACGUAAUGGUAGCAUAACGACGCAAUUGGUACACGCAUCUCUUUUAAAUCAACAGUAUUUCGAUGAUGAUAAUGAGGAGGUGACUCUCCAUCUUUGACAUAACGGCAACUCUGUCCAGACCGACAAGCCCUGCGGGUCUGAAUCAGCUUGACCUCUCGUGCAAAUUGGUCAUAGGGUCAGUCAGUUUGUAUGCACAUCCCUGUCCACGCUAUUCAUUACGACACGGUUAAACAUACCGUAAUUAAUCAGCUAUAACCUAAGAUCCCAAAUAGCGGGUGCCAAUUUGCCUGAUCGCUCACUUCAGCGGAUUGCGCAUGCUGUUGGCGGCAGGUGUCAAAGGAAAGGAGGUCUUUGAAAGCGGGUUUUGCAUCUCAGGGAGCGCUGAUCGUUUUCACCAUGCAACAUUUUGGGAGAGCGCCACAAUUGCAAAAUGACGUUUGAAGUCGUGUUAGUGAAAGACAAAACGCAUUACUGCACUGAGUGACACAAAAGGAUUGAAGAACCCGCCCUUUUAUCCGCCGCCGUCGUUUUUUAUUUUUUCCCAAGCAGAAUUCGAAUCGUCGAUUUGCCAAGCCAAACAGGCUGGAAACAAAAAUCAGAAUUUGUGGUGUGAUGCGAACAUGUUUCUGUUUGAGAGUGCAGGGAGACAAAAGCCAGAGAGAGGCGGGCGUAGUUUUGAUUGACGGCUGUCAAAUGCCAGAGUUGAUGUUGUCUUAAGCCAGUGAAGACGGUUUGCCUAUUGACAGCUUUUAGGCUGAGUGAUGCACAAUUUUCAACACUGAUAUCAGACUCGCACUCACCAAAAAAAAACCCAAAACAAUAAAUUACUGUUGUUCACAUCCACAGAGCAAACACUGCACAUACACAAACGCAACACCGACAGACUCGAUGCUGCAGCGCAUUCAGACGACACUCAUCUCAAGGACUAAAUGAAAGAUGAGCUUUUAGGAAAAGUGGAACUGCUGGUGUUUCAAAAAGGUGCUACAAUUGUUUUCUGAAAAUAAGAAAAAAAUAUAUUGCUAGGAGUAUAAAAGUUUGUCUUUACAAUGACUGUAUUUAAGUUUGUUGUAGUAAUGAAGAGGCACUAUUAUUAUUUUACUCUUGUAUGAAUAUGAACUAAUUAAAAGGCAUUUUAACUUUCUACUUGAACAAUGUAAGGAAAGAACCGUGAAUUAAAAAAAAGGCUGUUUCUUGUGA